UCUGCUGCACUUUUGACAGACCAAACAACUAUCCAAACAUGUCGUCUUUGCUGAGAAACACCCGCGCUCUUUAUGGCGCAGUUCCGUCUUGUUUUGCGCGAUCUUCGAGGACCCGUACGUGGGAGCUGGACAGCCAGUUGCGCAUUCAGCCUCUAUGCGUAAACCCGAAGAGACAGAGCUCGGGAAGUGGGUUCAACGUGCCCCCGAGUUCAGAGUUCGUGUCUAGAGUGUCCGGGAUCCCGACCAUGGCCAAGCUGCCCUUCCAGGAGACGGCGGAGGGGCUGCACGCGGCGUUUGUGGGCGUCCCCAUCGAUACAGGAACCUCCAACAGGCCCGGAGCAAGGUUCGGUCCUCGUCAGAUCCGAGUGGAGUCAGCCAUGCUCAGAAUGUUCAACAGCGGGACCAAUGCUGCUCCGUAUGAGUCUGUGAUGGUGGCUGAUAUCGGCGACGUCAAUGUGAACGUGUUUGACCUGAAAGACACGUGUAAACGCAUUCGAGAGUUCUACAGGAAGGUGGUGGCUACAGGCUGCAUUCCACUGACUAUGGGUGGAGAUCACACAAUUGCUUAUCCAAUUCUUCAAGCUGUUGCUGAGAAGUACGGUCCGGUGGGCUUGGUGCACGUGGAUGCCCAUGCCGAUGUGAGUGACAUGGUUUUGGGGGAGAAGAUCGGCCAUGGGACCCCGUUCAGACGCUGUGUGGAGGAGGGGCUGCUGGAUUGUCGCAGGGUGGUGCAGAUCGGGCUGCGUGGCACUGUUUAUACUCCAGACUCCUACGCGUGGAGCAGAUCACAGGGUUUCCGGGUGGUGCAGGCGGAGGAGUGCUGGUUUAAGUCCCUGACUCCUCUGAUGGCUGAGGUCCGGGCUCAGAUGGGCUCUGGUCCGGUUUAUCUGAGCUUUGACAUUGAUGCACUGGAUCCUGGAUUCGCUCCUGGAACUGGGACUCCAGAGAUCGCAGGACUUACCCCAAUACAGGGGGUGGAGAUAGUCCGGGGGUGCCGUGGUCUCAACCUGGUUGGAUGUGACUUGGUAGAAGUUUCUCCACCGUACGACACAACAGGGAACACUGCUUUAACUGGAGCUAAUCUACUUUAUGAGAUGUUGUGUGCCCUCCCAAUGGUCAAAUAUUACUGAUGUCUAUUGACAAUUAUUACAGUUGCAAUCAUUUGAACUGUUAUAAAUAUGACACCAAAGUGCUCUGCUUUAAUCAUUCUGCUGUGUUAUAGGGCUGGGCAAAAAAUCUAUUAAACUAAACUUAAUAUCGAAUAUUAAGUUCAAAUCAGUUUCUUCGGAAGAAAAGUCCGGGAGCAUGACCCUGUUAUGGUUAGUUUUAUCUCUUUCAUAAAAUGAGGAUUUCACCUGAUGCACAAUGAGUUAAAUAUCAUCACUUGUUGAAGUAACAUCACAUUAUUUAGCUGCUUUUAGUUAAAAAGAGCUUUCUAUUAACUUGCAACCCAACUUUUUUACUUAAAAACAAUUAUACCUGUUUUUGUUUUGACAAUUUUCUGUAGUUUGUGGAACAUGUUUUUUUUGUUGUUGUUGUUUUUUUGUUUUUUUUUGUUUGGUUUUUUUUUAGAAAAAAACUUUAUUUUACAUUUAUUAACCAUUUAUUUUCAGGUAAAAUUGCCCAGCCCUGCUGUGUUGCCAAAGACAAUUUUGAUGAAAAUAGAACUGAAUGUAUAAAACAUGAAAUGCACUUUCAAAUGUGAUAAAUAAAUAAAUCCAAAGAGU